GCCAACUCAAUUCUUGGUCCCCUUCUUGUGCGCCUUCCUGUAAUACCGAUUUUGUGCACGCCGCCCUCCUGCGCUACCUAAAAGCUGGAAUUCAACCGAAACAAUCAAUGGAAUCUAUCAAGGAGGAAGUUGCACCACUAUCACUCCUGCCGGAGUCAUGGGAGGUACCUGUUGUCUCACCCGCCCUUCGUAUCAAGACGCCAUUGUCGAACGUCCAACUCAAGCAAUCCAGGUACGAUGAUAUCUGGAGUGAGGAUGUGCACGCUGCAUUCAUGGAAGGUAGGGAGCGCAUCCGUCGCCGAAGUUGACAUUCCUGUAGAAUCGUAGCUGAGAGUAUAUUCAAGCCAUCGCCAUCUACCCGCCAAUGGGCAAGCGGCGACUCAGAUACGUACGUAUAUUAAAAGAAGAUCAAGAUGACACUGCAGCGUCAUCCCGCCUCGUCAAGUCGUUCGGUCGGUGUCAACUCAUUCAGUCGUACAUUCUAGAGAAAACUGGCAAGAAUCGUACUCGAAAGCAAGUAUCAAGUCAUCUUCAAAGACUGAAGAAAAAGUACAAGAACGAUUCAACCAAGCGCGCGUUGUUCUUGGAGAGCUCGCAGCUAACUCAGGAGCAUUCUGAUCGAGAAGAAUCAGCACCUUCCUCUGGAGGAAUUCAAACAGAUCCUUUCCUGCCUCUGUCUUUGUUAUCUUGUCAGGUUUCACCCUUCAGUGGCAUCGUCCGGGAUGAAGAACAAAAGUCGGGUGCCACGUCUGCUAAUUCUGCCAACGGAUCCUAUCUCACAUACUAUCACGCCGACAACAGACGACAUUCCUCGUUUGGUGAACAAGAGAAGGUAUCCAACUCCUCGAUGGUUUCUCAGGUCAGACCGGUUUUACCAAUGGGGAUUCCAACAGAAGAAGAAUCAGUCAGCACCGGCUCUGAGUUCUCCUUGUCCUUGAAACAACUCGGUGAGAAGCUGGCCCCAUUGAACCAGCAAUCGGAAGGGCCCACCAUCGUCUACUCUUCCGAAGUUCAUUGCUCUACCGCAUGUCAGGUUGCGCAUCAGGUUGUCACUCACGAUGGUUCUAGUCUUACUAUGAUGGACUUUCCCUGCAGCUAUCCAUUGACUCCAGUAGACCAACUCCUUCACACUCCUUUGCAACCUCCGCAGAUUAUGCGUCUCGAAAAACGAUGGGUCGUUCCGGAGAAUGUCGACGGAGGCUGGAACUGGCCGAUCAAUGCCCAUACAACUGGCGAACCUCUGGAGUCAGACUCGUAUGCACCCCAUGCGCAUACUGCAGAACACUUGCCGUUACUCUUGGAUAAUCGUAGCGAGCGUUCCUUCAACAUGAACUUCAUGGGCGACUUUCACCCGGAGAGCGAGAACCGGCAACAUACUCGGAGGCUAUCCUACUCUUAUGCCUACAAUACUUCUUCCUCGUAUUCUCAGGACUUAUUUUCGCAAGGAUUUCUGCACGCUCAGCCGACAUACCCUCGAUUUCUUCCUGACCCGUGCGCACAUACGGAGGAAACACUUGCGAUACCUCUCGUUAAACCCAUUCCCCUGUAUCCCGCUGCGUAUACGCAUUCAGAAGAUCAUACACUGGAUCUGUCACCUGUUACCGCUUUGUAACGCACCAGCAGCUUUUGUUUGUUUUAUUCGUCACUGUUUUUACGAUCACCCAGACACCAUAGCAUAACUCGCAAACAUCUCAUCAGCACAUUAAUAUCACACUCCUGUUGUAGUACCUUCGGACAGCUUGUGGGCAAUAGUAACUAAGUAAAUAGUAUGAGCAUGUCAUCCUGAACUGGACAAUCCAUCUAUCAUCGACGUUCCUCCCAGAGUUGGCUCAGAGUCAGGCAUAAGCUGAGUAUACCACUACGUGCUCUACUAGACGAC